CUGUUAGGUACACGGUAAACCACAACGGUAAGGCAGGUUGCGAUAGGUGUAUUGUAGUUGGGAGACGCCUGGAGGGGAAAACGACCUUUCCAAAUGGAGUAUAUACUUUAAGAACAGAUGACCUCGAGGUUUCCUUUAGCUAAUAAAUAGAAAGAAUAUACGUUACAUACAUGAAUACACGUCAAUUGCCGUUUUAUAAAAUGUAAAAUUCACAUGUAAUUCAGUUAAGCAAACCUUAAAAUACACCACCGCCUUGAUGCUCUUCAAAAUUGAAAUGACCCCUAUGAGGUAAACCAUUCAAGGUCGUUGAAACAAAAGAAAGAUCAUAGAUCUUAUAGAACGAAUAUUGUCAGCCCAUUUUCUCAAUACCUAGCGAAAUCAGAACUUUUAAAGGGUGAUAUAUAAACUAAUUUUUAUUCGUUAAUUUAUCAACUUCAGAUCCAAAUGUUGCACUUGUUGUUAUUUUUUGUUCUGAAUUCUGUGUUCUUCGAACAUGUUAAUGGAGAACGUGAAUGGGAUUAUUUCGUGUUUAGUCAAGAAUGGCCACCUACUUAUUGUUCUACUCAUACGUGUAAACUUCCUUACAAAUUCGACGAUUUCAAUAUUCAUGGACUAUGGCCAAGUAUAUGGCCAUAUGGUAUUCCGACAAACUGUUCAAACAAAACACCUUUUGAACUCGAAAACAUCAAGCCGAUUUAUGGUGAAUUACAGAAACAAUGGGCUAAUCUGAAUGACUUUGACAAUCCCGAAGAUUUCUGGUAAAAUUCUAUUUUGUAUAACUGUGUACUGAUCCUGUUAAAAACUUUUAGUGAUCAUGGAAAUAUAAGGUUCAUAAUAUAGUCUGAUUAUCGUAGAUAUUAUUAUAAUCCUACUACUCAAAUGAAUUGGAGGAGGAACAAAUAUUGAUACAGAAUAGUAUGAAUUCAUAAUAUUUCUAAGUUUCUCGUUAGCUGCUUACAAACCAAAAAAAUGUGAUAGAAUUUUUACAUUUGAGAUAGUAUGAAAACAAUUGACAUAAAUGAGUGUAACUAACUGAAUUACAAUAAUAACUAUAUAAAUAUGCUAGAAGAGGUCAGAGGUUAAAAAAAAGGGAAUUAAUUCAGGGUGAGUGGUGUAAAAGUUUAGUGAAGUUCAUAAAUUGUGUGAUAAUUUUAGAGAUUAAUGGAAUUGAAUAAUGGUAAGAUGGGUUACGUAGUAAUAAUUAAAUAGAAUUUGAAAAGUGAACAUAAUUUAAGAGGAUCAGGUGGUGGAAAUGUGUGAAUAAUAAUAUGGUUUCAGAAUUAGUUAAUAGGGGGAGGAGUAAAAAUAUUUUAAAACAAAUAAAUGAAUAAAAUAACUGAAAUAACCGACAAAAAAAGCAAAAAAAGUCAAGGAUUACCAGGGUAAUGAUAAGUUUAUUACUGUCUCUUUUUGAGUGCAUAAAUCCGGUUUAAGUUUUGUUUUUAUCGCAAUUGCUUCAGUGAAACGGAGAGUAGUCGUAUUUCUUUGUCUAUUGAUAAUUUUAAAAGCGUGCAAAAUGUUGACGGUAUGCCCGGUGUCAAUUAAAUGCCGAGCUAUUGCACUGUUUAGAGCCUUAGUACCUCGCAGCCGCAAGUUCUUCGGAACAUGCUCAGAAAUGUGAACAUGUACUCUUCUCUCAGUUCUUCCAAUGUAUGUGCUUUGGCACGUACAUGUACAGUUGAAGCUACUAAGAAAAGAGGACUUGUCGAUUUUAGUUUGUUUAAGUGAGCAGUUCGUUUGCCAUACUGUCGUAAGUUUUGCUGCUGCGUAGGCCCCUUUCAACGCAGAAUUUAAUCUGUGACUAAUUAAUCCGGCAAUUUCAUCACCUUUGAAACGUAAAUGUAAGAAGCAAGUUUUCUUUUCUACUCCAUCGUAUUUUGUACGAGGAUUGGUUAUUGCAUAUUUCUGGAUGAAUUUCAUUGGGUGUUCAUUAUCACGUAGAACAUUAGUAAUCAGAUUAAUUUCAUCAUCAAGGUAUUCUGUUGAACAAAUUUUUUGAGCGCGGUCAAAAAGGCUUCGUACAAUACCCUUUUUGUAACUCAUUGGGCAGAAACUGUGGUAAUUGAGAUAUAGACCACUCCAGGUAUUUUUAUGGUGAAUAUGUCUAUGCAAUUUACCAUCAGAUGUUCGUCUGAUCCCAACAUCACGGAAAUGGAUUUUGUCUUCACCUUCUUGUUCCAUAGUAAACUCUGUCCUCGUGUGCUUUAUUAAAUAGAUCGAAUAGCUUAAUGGCGUGUUCGUGAUUGUUGCAGACGAGGGAUGUGUCAUCAAUAUAUCUGCAAUACAGCGUAGUACAAUCGAUUGAGUGCUUAAGCUUUUUUGUUCUAGGUUUCCCAUAAAUAAACUUAUCAUUACCCUGGUAAUCCUUGAAUCUUUUUUUUGUUUUUUUGUUUUUUUUUGUCGGUUAUUUGAGUUGUUUUAUUCAUUUAUUUAUUUUAAAAUAUUUUUACCCCUCCCCCUAUUAACUAAUUCUUAAACCACAUUAUUAUUCACACAUUUCCACCACCUGAACCUCUUAAAUUAUGUUCGAAAUGCAAAAUGUUGCUUCAGCAUUGGGUUACAUCGACACCCGAACUAGUGAUAGGGAGUGAAGUAGUUGAGCGUGUCGAUCGCUUCACUUAUUUUGGAAGUAUCAUCAGCCCUUGUGGUCUGGUGUGACGAAAUCUCAGCACGGAUACAGAAGGCUCGACUAGCUUUAGUCAACUUGCGUCAUUUAUGACGUAGACGAGAUAUCCGUCUAUCAACCAAAUGACGUGUUUACUGCGCAGGAGUUCGUUCCGUCCUACUUUAUGGCAAUGAAACAUGGCCGGUAAGAGUAGAGGGCAUUCAUAGGCUACUAGUAUUCGAUCAUAGGUGUCUUCGAAACAUUGCUCGUAUAUCCUGGGACCAUCGAGUAAGUAAUGCAGUUGUUAGGGAACGCGUACUAGGUAAGGAUGGCAAAUCAAUUGAUGAAGUAGUGAAACUUCAUCAGUUGAGAUGGCUGGGACACGUGUUACGUAUGCCCAACCACCGACUGCCUCGACGUGCUAUGUUCAGUGGUAUAGGAGUAGGUUGGAAGAAAGCUAGGGGCGGCCAGACCAAAAACUUGGCACAAGUCCAUGAAGUCACUGACAAGUGAACUGAGUCAUGUUGGUAGGUGUAGACUACCUGGUUGGGGACUGCGAGAUGAUAGCAACCGAUGGGUAAAGACCGUGAAUGACAUGGCUCAAAAUCGUUUGCGAUGGUUCAGGUGCAUCCACUCUUUGUGUUCUCCCAAAUUCUAAUCUUCUGAUUUCUUCAUGUCCCUUUCUGUUUUCUCUUUCCAAAUUUAUUUCACUGGAUUAUAGUCCUUGAAUAACAUCUUCAAACCCUAAUCUUUCCGAUUACUGCUUAUAAUCUUACUACAUCUAGCACUAUGGGAUUUGAAUCGACCACUGCAUCUCUGUGCUAAUGUGGUGUGGCAACUCGAAAUGAUGUACGUACGUACGAAGUUCUACGUUGGAACUGACUGACUGACUGAAAUUAUGUUCACUUUUCAAAUUCUAUUUAAUUAUUAUUACGUAACCCAUCUUACCAUUAUUCAAUUCCAUUAAUCUCUAAAAUUAUCACACAAUUUAUGAACUUCACUAAACUAUUACACCACUCACCCUGAAUUAAUUCCCUUUUUUUUAACCUCUGACCUCUUCUAGCAUAUUUAUAUAGUUAUUAUUGUAAUUCAGUUAGUUACACUCAUUUAUGUCAAUUGUUUUCAUACUAUCUCAAAUGUAAAAAUUCUAUCACAUUUUUUUGGUUUGUAAGCAGCUAACGAGAAACUUAGAAAUAUUAUGAAUUCAUACUAUUCUGCAUCAAUAUUUGUUCUUGCUUUAUUUACAUUCAUAAAGGGAACCAAUUGCAUGAAAUUGGAGGAGACAUGUCUUUUAUGACAACGUCACGCAGAAGUGCACUUGGAUCUCAUAAAUAUUGUAUUCGAUAUGUAAAGUAGAAUAAUGGUAAACCAUAACCUAUCUAAGAUAGAUUAAAUAAUCAGUUAACUUAGACAGGCUUUUCCAAUCUGACUAUCCAGAUUUUAUAUUCUGAAGACGAUUCUUAAUCAAGUUUAUGUUAGCAGCAUGAAGUAAAUGUUUUCGAUCAUAAAUGUGUGAACCAUUUUGCUUUCGUAGGUAUAAUAUGUGGUUGUUCCCUCAGUUCACUGUCACAUUGAACGAGAGGGAUAAGAAAAUAUAUUUCUUGCUUACUACGAUUAUGACAGCAGCCCUGGGAGUGUUUUAUUACCAGCUGGAGGACAACCAACAUCUCCAGCUUGUAAAGUUCAUGACCAACGAUUGUUGCCACAACACAAACACCUAUAUGGAAUACAGAUUUAACUCUGGGUACAAGUGAGGGUUUAGCAAUCCAACUGAUUUUAAGUGACACAUUUAUUCUUUGGCUGCGGAUUAUCAGGUGAUGACUUGUUGAACACGAAAAACAAGUCAUUCUUACAAGAUGGGAUAAUAUAACUGGCGAUUACGUUCAAUUCAAUGGUCUUAUCCACAUAACUCAAAUUAAGGGAUGUAUUAUGACUAAGCCUUCUUCAGUGUGAAGCGAUGUAUGACUGUAUCUUACAGAUGAUACUUAAUGAAGAAUGUCGAAUGUCCACUACAUGCGACAAUAUGAAUGAUGUAAUUUGUGAACUUUGUCUUUCUUUAGGCGGUUCUGAUAAAACAGCUCAAUGGUAACGUCUUGAACUGUGAAGCUAGGUAACACGGGCUUGAUUCCUACAGGGAGCAUCAAUUUUCUUUAGAUUGCAGUACCAACUAUCGAUUCCCUUUUGCCCACACUGCGGAAGUGUACUUAUCAGGAUGUUUUAAUAGAAGAUUAGUUUAGCAGUAGUCCUAACUACCUGAGAGCGUGACUGGUAGACCUUAAGGGACAACUGGAUGAAGCAAGGAAGAUUCCCUUUUUUCCAUUAGUUUUAUGUAUAUUAGCUCUACGCUUUUAACGCCGUACCCCUUUGUCAGCAAUCUGUGGGGCAAGUAAUAUACAAUAAAAGUGUUGAAGGGUAAAAAAAUGUAAUUAGUCCAUCGGUAUCAUUUUCGGGUUCCAUUUGUACUUGUAGGAAAAUUUCACUCCUUCCUGUUAUCUUAAACAUAAUGUUUUUGCAAAAAAGACAAAAAAAAUACGAACUCGUGUUUAUUCCAGAGACCAAGCUUCUUAGGCUAAUGGUUGCACGCAGGGUUUCACAAUUAGACCAAGAUCUCAAACAACAUGAUUGUACGUGACACCAUAGUUCUUAUAAGUUGUUAAGCCAAUGUAAUUCAGUCACUAAGUUCUUUAUUAUGCAUUGUGAAGGUAAAAAAUAUCGAGAUUGCUUUGUAAGUACUUCUCAACGGCGAGGUAAAUUAGCCUUACAAUUUCCCCUACCUAAUUAAUGUCAAUGAUAAUUUAAUUAGAAUGUAAGAUAAUGGCAACAGUUGAUGUUUUAUGAUAAACAGUAUUCACUUGACAUUGAUUGCUGAAUUCAGAUUAUUUACAAUGGAUGUAAACUAAGACAAAUCUAAACUCUCUUGUUUCAGUUCAUACAACGGCACGGAUUCAGUAGGCCUCGAGUAGCUUCUGCCAACUUGCGUCACUUGUAGUGUAGAUGAUGUAUCUGUCUAUUAGACAAAGGACGAGUUUACUGCGCAGCAGUUCGCUCCGUCCUACUUUAUUUGUGUGACACAUGGUCGUUAGGAAUGCAGAAUAUACGUAGGUUACUAGUAUUGGAUCAUAGGUGUCUUCGAGGCAUUGCUCGUGUAUUUUGGGAUCAUCAGGUAAGUUAUACCUGGAUUAGGAAUAGAGUAUUAGGUUGGGAUAGGAAAUCGGUUAAUGAAGUUGUAAAUCUUCAUCCACUGAUGUGGUUGGGGCGUGUGUUACAUAUGUACAUUUACUGCCUACCUCGACGAGCAAUGUUUUAUGGUGCAGGAGUAGGCUGGAGAAGAGUUAGGGGCGGCCAAACCAAAAUAUGGCAUCAGCCCAUGAAGUUAGUGACAAUUGAACUUAGCCAUGUUAUUAGGUACAGACUACUUCGUUGACGUACGUGUAAUUAUCAUAACCAAUGAUACGAGACUUUGAAUGAAAUACCCCAAAAUCGUUUGCAUUGGCGCAGGCGCAUCGAUUGUUUGUCUUCCCCCAAAUUCUGAGGUUCGGAAUUCCUCAAAACGUUUUUGUUUUUAUUUCAUUGAUUCAUAUUUUUCUUAAACUAUACCUUUGAUUCCUGAUCUUUUCAAUUACCGUUCAUACUGUUACUAUCCCUUCUAUUCUGGGAUUCGGACUGAAAAUUUUAUCCCUUUGUCCUGAUGGAGUAUAACAACUUGAAUCGAUGCACAUACGUACCAGGUUCUAUAUUGUGACUAACUGGUUGAUAAUAUUUAGGAAAUUCACAUAUGUGAUUAAACAGUUUCACGUUCUCAAAAGUUUGCAUACUUUUCAUCUUACACAACAUGAUAAUACUGUCAUUACGAAUAAGGGCAACAUUAUUAAUAAUCAGAGAUGGGAAGUGGCUAGGAGUGGGAUCCAUGACGCACGAAUCUAUUUUGACGUGCAUUAAUUGCCUAUUUUGGACUCGUCAGCUUGAUGUGCCUGCAUCUCACAGUUGAUGAUCACUCUGGGACUCAAAUCUGAGAUGCAGGUAUAUCCAGCUGAUGAGUCACAAAUAGGGAGAAACGCGAGUCAAACUGAAUUUCACGGCUAGCCACUAUCGAUCUUUGUUUAUAACUGUUCUAAUAGUUCGUUUAUAGCUUCCAUAGAAUGGUGAUAAAAUAGAUCGAUUAAAAACUUUGAAUAAAUCUACUCCGUUUAAAAAACUGAGCUAAUAUUAUGAACAAGAUCCAUUAUUGAAUGUCAUUUAAAUAGCUUAGAAUAUGGAUAAUUUCUUUAAAAUGUCUCGCUUUUAUUUAUUUGAACACAUUAAUAUUAGUACAAAGGGGCACCGAAUAAAUAUACGCCACACGGGUCACUUGAAUUUUGUAUGGGAUGAUACUACCUGGUUGCUGAAACCAAAACAGGUGGUUUUCUUGGGGGUUCACACCAGUAGCCUUCGACCUAAAGGUUUGAUCUACAAGGCAGUGGACCAACGUAAAGAGAUGCAGUCUCAUGGUAGCAGGUGGUUUGAGAUGAGGAUUUUUCAUUUCUCCUCGGCGGACUCUCUGUGUCCACCAUCCUGGUUAAAGCGCUAGACAUUAUCUUUUCGUGUUGUCAGUUUUGUAAUCAACAUCCCAAUCACUAGAAGGCAGUGAGUAGGGCUUCGCUAGCAGUGGCUGUAUAAAAGCGACCAUGUAAAGCAUUUCAAGGGGGAGAGUUGACUUGUUUCACCCUUGGCCGUAUCAGGGCAUUUGGGGGCCAGAAGGACCAAUUAAAGAAUGUCGUUGAAAUAGCUUGGAGUGUGAAUAACUUCUUUAAAAUAUCUCGCUUAUUAGUUUAUACGACUGAUACUUAAUAUAUUGAAUUCAUUUCAGUAUGUUAGUUAGUAAAUUUAAGUAACUUUCUUUGUACUUUUAUUAUAUCAUCACAUGGGUUUACAUCUGGAUUACUGUAUUUUAAAUUGUGUUUUAUAGAAUACUUAUUGACAAAGCAACUGUAAUUGUUCUAUUAAGUUAUAGAUGUUUCCAUUAAAUACAUAAUUUGUAAGUACUUAUUUUGUUGUUAUUACGUUUAUAAGUACAAAAUUAUAUCUACAAUGAUUAAUAAUAGCACAUUUAUUUGUUCUACACAAACUGGAGUAUGUACUGAUGAUAUUGUUCAGAAGAACAAUGAAUGUUCCGCAAUCAAACCAUCCAGUUCAGAGAAUAAAACCUUAAUCAUCCACAUGAGCUACAAAUAUUCUCCAUCCAUAUCAGUGUAGUUACCAUUGAGUUUAGUAAAUGUUUUUUCUCUUCAAGAUUCAUUCACUCGAACGGACCAGGGUCAUCUUAUUGACUGAACUGUUUAAAUAAAGAAAUAAGCAAAUCAACAGGUUUUAAAAUAGGCUUUAGAAUGAUAAAAUAUUUCGGUUUACAGUUAUUCAUUUAAUUUGUUUGUUCGUUCAAUGAUCAUCCUAGUCCCAUAGUAGGAUGAUACUACCGUCCAGUACUUUCGGGUUUUCCAUGGUGGUGUCUAGCUUCGAUUUGACUCAUGAAUUCAAUUACUAAAUUACUACAAUCUCGACAAAACCCCUCUAUGGUCUUUUUUGUUUUAGGGAACAUGAAUGGAGUAAACAUGGUGUUUGUGCCGCAAGUGAUGAUUCAUUUAUAUUAAAUGAAUUGGAUUAUUUCAAUGUUUCACUUGGGAUAAAAUUGAAAAUGAAUUUAAUGAGGUUCUACUUUAUUUAUGAUUGACUGAUUAACUGACUGAGUCAAAUCAUAUAGAAUCAUUGAUUUGGACAUUCUUGUUUAUCGCCAAUGAAGAAUGAUUAUAUCUACUUGUAAAUAUCAUCGCUGUUAAAAAUAAAUGACAGUGUGAUAUGGUUUAUCAGAUUAGGAACAUUUACAAAAAGGUGUAUGAAACAUUCACUAUCAUUCAACAAGAUUAAUUAUGUUAUGAUGAAUUGUAUGAGUCGUUUUGAUUCAAUCAAAAUUAAACCAAAUAAUUUGGUUACUUUAAAGCGUGAUGUAGUGCUUAAUCAAUUGAGGAGUUCCUUCGGUGUGAAUGUGUUAAUGGUUUGCUCUUUCCAAAACGAUAAACCAGCUAAAUUAUCUGAAAUUCGACUAUGUUUAAAUCCAUCAUUAGAAUUCAUUGAUUGUCCUAUAUCAGGAAAUAAAAAUGAUUAUCAACAAUUUUCAAAUAGUUUUUAUCAUCAAAACAUUUAUCAUAAUCCUGUUUGUAAAUCAUCGUUACCAUGGUUAUAUCAAUCUCCAAUUUGUUACAAUCAAUCAUCUAUUUUAUUAUUUUAUAAUGCACCAUGUCCAGAAGAAUUAAUAUUUCCAGAUUUUAAUUAAAAUGAUAUUCAUUAUGUUGAUAUUCUUAUUUUAUCGAAUUAUAUUUAUACGUAUAUAUAUAUAUAUAUAUAUGGUUUAUCCCAUCUUAGUUACUACAACUCUAUUAUCACCAAGUCUAUUGUUGCCGUAGUGAUUACUAUUCACUUUUACUCCUGUUCUAUUAUUCAAAUAUAUACUCUGUUAUAUAAAAUAAGUACAAUUGACAUGACAAUUUGAAUAGUAUAUCUCUUAUUAUUCAAUCAUCUUUAAUGAUAUAAUGUUUUAUUCAAGUUUCUAUGUUGUUGUUGUUGUUUUAACUAACUUUAUCUGAAUCUAUUCUUUUAUGAAUAAAACUUAUUGGUUUUAGAUGAAUCGGAUAAAUUUUGUUUUUUUUUUUUUACAUUUGAAAAUACAUUUUAACUUUUGAGCACUUGGACAUUAUCAUAGCCCAUCCACACAUAUCAAGUGACUUGUGUAGUGCGUGUGUAUUAACAAUGACCCUUUGUGCCAAAUUAUAUGUGUUUUUAAAUAAAUAAAUAAUCUUAGUUAUUGUGUUUAUGUUGGUUUAUAGUUAUAUAUUGUUCAAUAUUCUCUUCAUUUCUACUAUACUGAAUGUUAUUUGAAAUGGGAGUCGGACGUGUAUAUAUAUAGUAUACUGCCUCAAAUGCUCUGAUAUGGGCGAGAGUGAUGAGAGUCAACUCUCCUUCUCAAAACGCUCUCGCAUGGCCACGUGCAUACAACCACUGCCAGGUAAGUCCUACUCACUGCCUUCUCGCGGAGAGGGUGUUGUUUACAAUAUUGAGAUGACGAAAAACGAGUGUCCAGCACUUUAGCCGGGUUGGUGGAUAUGGGGGAUCCACCUAAGGGAGUUGGAAAACCCUGAUACCAAACCAUUAGUACACAUAGGCUGGCUCCAGGACCCUGAAGGAAUAAAAGGCGUAUGAAUCGAUUGUUGGUGACCGGCUACGAUGGGACUGCAUCCCAUGACGUUGCUCCACUACCUUGUUGAUUAGAUCGUUUGAAGCGAAUGAAGAUCAAUUCCGAGACGUAAAUACAUCCAGCUGACGAGUCCCAAACAGGAUGGAACACUCGUCCUGGCUUACAGUGCUAGUCACUAUCCAUCUCUGUUAAAAACUAAUGUAUAUUAUACAUACAAGAAAUCUCCUUCCAAGUCUAUUCGGUUAUUAUUUCAACAUUUUAAUGAUUGUGUUCAUAUUUAUGGCAACGGUACACGUAGAACAUUAUCUGG